AGUACCUAUACCGUGCACGCCAUGUCUACCGCAUCAAGUACCAUGGCAACUUGUCCAAGAUCAUGUGAAUAAAGUGGCAUACGCAGUCCUUCCAUUUUUCUCUGAGUUUUUCAGGGUUGCGUUGCAUACGCCUACAUGGGCCUCUGCUUUGGUGGUGUGAAAUCGGCAGGUUCAACUCGAAAGUUGUUAAUGUUAUUCCCCAACUUUGGUCGAAACCAUGGCAACAGGUGCCCAAGAUGACCUGAUGAAGCAGGCCCAGCACAUGUGGUCCAUGUUGGAUGAGCUGGCAGAGACAGACGUAGAUGCCUACAAGAAGUUCAUCCAGACAAACCUGCAGCAGGGCAAGAAGGAGUUGGCUCUGGCCAAGCCCUGGAUGUGCGUCAAGACAAGAAUUUUGAAGCCUUACAAAGCCACAUUGUACAUCAACAUCUGCAGUUGGUCCCGCAUUGACAAACCCAGAACGAGCACAGACCCUAUCAAGGUCACUGCUGGACCAGUUCAAGAUGGGCACGAUGAAACAGGUACCUUCAAGGUGGUCCGUGUGGCCUUCAAUCCAGAUGUAUUGGAGGAGUGCAGCAAGAGAUCAGAAGAGAAGGACAUGCUAAUAGGAAAUGCCAUCGACUACCUCAAGGAUGAGAAGAAGUUGCACCUGUCGUCCAGUUACCACAUCUGCGAUGACAUCCGAUUCAAGGGGGAUCCCAUGGAUCUGGGGGAUUUCUUCUGCUCAGGAGUGAGAGCGAGACAGAAGGUGGAAGAGGAGCAGAGCGCCAGGAACCUGAGUAAGCUGACGCCUGAUUUGCUGCUGAGCCAGCUCAAGGUGUCAGAUGACCAAUUGGGAGCCACUACCGUCAGCCCGGAUGUGACUCUGCACUCGAGCUUGAAAUCUGACAAACUGAAAGGCGGCUUGAUCCAAGAGAUUUCCAGUCAGGACGUUGGGCUAAAGUGCCCUGAGUAUGACGUGAGGUUGAAAGAGGCAGAUGCUAAGAGGCAGCAAAGACUCGUGGUCAGGAUUCUGCUGCCCGGUGUUCAUUCUGUUGCUGACUGUGAGCUAAAUAUUACCCAGGAAGAACUAAGUCUCACGGUGGCAGACAAAUUUGAGUUACAUCUGCCUCUACCAGAGGCGAUAAGAGAAGAUGAUUCUACGGCCAAGUUCAACAGCAAAACAUCCUCACUAACUGUUGCCAUGCCGACCAGGACCUUCGAGAGUUGACGGCUGCUCUGACACUCACCACCAAAAGACUGUGCAGCGGAUGUGUGCAGGCUGGAAAGGAUGUCUGCCGAGGCAUGAUUCUGGGAAUGAGCUCAAGCAUGGAUCUGACAUUUAAAAACAAGCAACAAAAGUAGUUCACCAACUUUUGUGCAUAAGAGUUAUUCAGAGUUGAAAUGCAAUAGGGAUGGGCAAGGGAACCUGGUGCCUGAGUGCCCAAGUACCUGGCUGACGAUGUCAUAAAGCAUUGGAGGUCAUAUUCCAUCGUCACAAGUUGUGCACAGUAGCUUCAGGUAAAGACAGAGAGAUCUCAAUCAAAUAGAAGACCUAGAUACACAGAAUGCUAAAACAGAUGUCUCAUACGUGCAGAGGUUGUUGAUGAGUACUUUGGACACAAGGUGGUAGUUGCAAUUGAGAAUGCCUCUCCAAGUCCGUCUUUUCUCUAGAUUGUGGGAUACUUUUCUUUUGCAAGGGUGCAGGUACACCUGUUUAAUUACUUUCACAAGGGACCCAGUUCCCACAUGACCCGUGAAUGUUCACCAUUACAAUGCAAUUUUCUCUACGUCUGUAAAAGUGACAAUAACAGAUUGUCACACUGACAAGAUACACGUUCAUGUACCCAUUAAUUUAACGAUUGAGCUUAGUGUGGUGCAAACUACUGUGUCGAUUCAAACCAACGAUCCAUUGCUGAUCAUCUCGGUGGUUCUGGGGAUACGGCAUUUGCUCUAGUAAAGAGGUCAUUGGUUCAAAUCUCACCAGAACGAGCACGUUUCCCAACUCAUUGAAGCUCUGAGGAAGCAGUUACAACUUGUCGACAUGAAGAGUGAAUUCUUAUCAUUAUAGACACUCCAGCAAUACAGUUUUCCCUUGUCAACUUGACAAACUUUGCAGUGAGUGAUGCGAAUGAUAACAGAUAAGAGAAUGCAGCUCUUGGUUCAUUUGAGUGGUUUGUGACUCGUAAGUGGUUGACUCAUGACGACUUGUUUGCAUCUUUUGGAAUCGAUUUGAAACCCAUGAGGCUGGUCUGGAGAAUUCAAGUGUACAUCAUCAUCAGGGCUGCAAAGCCUGCAGUUUACAUGUACAUGCCGCAGCAAUGAUUGGCUUACCAACAGCAGGUUAGCAGUGGGAUAAGCUAUGUGUCAUAUCUGUGCAUCUUGCAAAGUUCAGGUUGUCGGCUGACGUAAUUAAUGGGCCUGGGCUGAUAAAUAUUUCUUCCGGGCAAAAUUACAGUUGAAAUUGUGACACACAUACCUCUAAGUAAACCAUUACAGCGAGGUAAAAAUCUGCCCAGGGGAUAUCAAUCAGCCAUAAUUUGCCUGGGUGAAAUACUAAUCCGCCUGGGUGAAUAAGUGUCAUUUAGUCAUGAAUACAGAUUCGUUAAAAUACACUGUUGCUACAUGUAUGUCAUGAUAUUUUAGGUAAGCUGGACACAAGUACCCAAGGCCACCUGUGGCUGUACAUGUACAUGGGUCCCUACAUUAUCUCCAGAUGCCCUCCAAAUGUCAAUAUCUAAUGUGUGGUAUAGUGGCGCAUAAAUUAAUCUCGGAGGAUGAACCUUUAUUUCCAAAAUUAUGCAUUGAUGGCCACGGUGGUAAAGGUGAGCUGCCCAUUGAAAAUGAACAGGGGGACUGAAUUCGACACCAUUUUCUCUUCGUUUCUGUAUCUUGGAACGAUUUCAAGAGAUAUAUGUAAAAAUCACCAUGGCUAUUACUUUGUGGUCUUGGUGCGAUUUUCUUGGGGAGGGGGCUCAAAAUAAAGACUUCCACAAUUUCUUUUCCAAAAUUUCUCUCGUCUCAGACACACAAAGUUGAAUAAAACAGCAGGGCUCCCUUCCAGAUGAGCUGAAGAGAGAACUUUGCAUGACAUGUAUGUUGGGGUACCGUUCUCCACCCACACUCGACCAGAAUCAUGGGCCAUGAAGUUCUUCAAUUUUUGGUUUCAAUUCUCCUUUCGUCGCUCUGAGUGGUUUUCUCCCUGAUUUGUUUCCAGCUAAGUGUAAGCAAUGGUUUGCUCUGGGAAACUUGAAGUACAUUGCAUUGCACAGUCGAACCAGUCCAUUCUUCAUGGUUUUAUUACUGAUAAUGCAAAGUUCCUGCAGUAACAAAGUUAUUUGCAAAGUCCGCAUGACUGUAUAUGCUAUCAUCCCAUAGGAAGAGGAAUUUCAAUAUAAUAAUUCGGUUUGUGUGUCAGCGAUGAAGCGUGACAGAUGACGAAACUGUGCGGCGUGAUUGAGAAACGAGGCUACGUGUAGCCCUUUAGAAAGGCUUUAAGUCAACUGUUUGAUAGUUUCCCACAUCAGAGUUAUUUAUUCUACGCACUUAAUUUGGAGCCUUGUUACGCCUCAAAGAGCCGGGGUUUUUUUGGCCUUGUCACAGCUUGGGGGGGAUCUGCCCCCCCCAGAUCUCGGCCAUACGACGAUUUAUUUCAAUAAAAUUUGGCAGUGUCAUAGAGGCAUACAUACUAACCAUCUGUGUGAAAUUCUAUGUAAAUUAAGGGUUUGCAUAAAAGUGAGCCAUUAAUUAUUCAUGAUACCAUUUUUUAAAAUUUUUUGAUUGUCGGGUGAUUUUAUUGCAUUUUUCACAUCAAAGAUGCUCUAUGGCUUGUAUAUUCAGUGAAAUGAAACCAGAAAUGCUGUGAGCUGUAUACAGCAAUAUGCAUAAG